GAAAUUUGAUAGGUUGAGCUCCUAUGUAGCCCAUCUAGCCAUUUGUUUCCAGUGAGGCGCUUGUUAACUGGCUGGCACUGGAAUGGUUCACCUCCUGGCUGAUAUCUGCUAAUUCGAACAACACCGCUCUUCCCUUAUAAUCUCGAUCACCCCACAAUCAAGAUACCCCUCUCAUUUCUUUCCUACACUUCUUCAAGCCUUUUUAGACUGUGCGUGCGUGCGAAUUUUUUCAAAUAAUGGAGCACAUUCGCUACAACAUCAGUUCGACGGAGGAUCUCUUAUCUUCUUACCAGACCCCCUCGAAAUACUUGACUAGAAUCCUAUCCGAUGUCAUCAAUCACCCUUAUCCGCCGGUGCCGAGCAAACUCCCAAUCAGUCAAAACCUAUUCGAGUUCACUUUGAGACCAGAGCUUCCAUUCACAAUUGUCUGCGUUUAUCUGGCUUUGAUAGCUCUUCUCAACAAAAGGCAAGAUGGAAAGAAUCGGAUGAAGGGCCCUUGGUGGAAAGCUGUCUUGUUGAUGCAUAACAUAAUCUUGGCCGUCUACAGUGGCUGGACGUUCCUGGCCACAGGACCUGCAACGAUCAAUUACUUUCUGAGAGGCUAUCAAACCGCUGGGGUCCCUGGACUUGUCCACAACUUUUGUGAUAGUUCGAUGGUCCUUUGGGACGACGUGAUGGCAAGGUACACUUACAUGUUCUAUCUGAGCAAGUUUUGGGAAAUCCUGGAUACUUUGAUCUUGAUUGGAAAAGGAAAACAAGCAAGCAUAUUGCAAGAAUACCAUCAUGCCGGAGCUAUUCUUACGGUUUGGAGUGGCACUAGAUAUGAAUCGCCUGCGGCUUGGCUCUUCAUUGUUUUCAACAGUCUCGUGCACACCAUCAUGUACACAUAUUACGCACUCUCGGUCGUCCACAUUCCAGUCCCAGGGGUCUUAAAACGCCUGUUGACGAAGAUUCAGAUCACUCAAUUCCUCGUAGGUGGAAGCCUGGGCGCUCUCACUUUGUUACUCCGGCUGCCCAAAGAGCUUGGCGAGAAAUUCGAGUGGCAGCCCGUCUUGGCCAACCAUCCAUUCGCUUCAGAUAGAUUGGGCCCAGGCUUCCAAGAAGACCUCUGUCUUCAUACUCCCGGUCAAAUGGUGACCGUGGUGGGUGGAGUUGGAUAUCUAAUCCCAUUGACCGGCUUAUUCGUAUCGUUUUACCUCCAAGCCUACCAAAGGAAAAUCAAUCAAAAAAACCGACUGGUUGAACCAAUCGAAAAGAAAGCUUCUGCUGAGAAGCACUAGUUCUACAUCUUGAAUAAUAUCCUUCUUUCAGAAGAGUUGCGAGUCAAUGCAGCAACCUUCCAAAACCAAAUCAAACACAUGUUUUUUUACUCUUUGACCCAGCUCGAUGAUUUGUUUGUGUGUGCCCUCUAGAUCUUCAAAUAUUAUAGUCCAAACCUGGCUUCUAAAUAGAUUCAAGUUCAAACUGGAAAAGUACUGGACCUUGAUGGAUAGAGAGUCUGAUUUCAGGCUGUUUUAUGGCCACUAAUAUGUCACUUCAUUGGACACUACCUUAACUUGUUUGAAUUUUACUUGUCGUAGACUGUUGAGAAUGCUGCAAAGAAAGUAUCGAUUAGGAAUGAGACACUCUAG